AUGGAGAAGGCCAGCUUGCUGGCUGUCUACAGGACCUGCUACAAUCCCAUUGUAGGCCACCAGCGAUGCUUGAACCUCACCAGGCGUAGUUCUUGCCAACUCCUGGCUUCCUGGCCGCCUCCCUCCACUUGCCCCGGCGGAGCGGCGCCCGCCCGCCCACGGCUCUCGCUUUUUGUCUGUCUCCCGUGGCCCACGCCUUUGGCCUCCCUUUCUCUCCCGCUUGCCUUUUCAGCCCCGACGGGCCCAAGGCUUGGCUCCCUGACCCCGGGGCUGCUGCCUGCCUCCCUCCCCACUCCCGGAGUCUCCCCCUCCGCCCGCCCCUCUCCUCCUUCUUGCCUCUCCUUCCCGCCUCCUCCUCCUCCUCCUCCUCCUGCUUUCCUGGAGUUCGCCCCGCUUGCCCUGCUAGUGUUUAAACUCAUCGCGCUACUCGUGCGGCUGCCGGAGGGGGACUUCGGGGCACAGGAGGCCAGCCCCAGGAUGAAGAAAGCACUGAAAUAUCUGUUCGGGUUCCUUGUGGUUGCCGUUAUCAUUACAGCCAUAGUUGUUCCUGUAGUUUUGCUGACAAACCAAAUGCCUUGCCAGGACUAUUCUUGCGGCGGUGGUAAUAUAUGUCCAGAUAAUGUCUUCUUCGCUGCUGAGUUUGAAGCCGUCAUCUGUUAA